GCCUAUUAGGCAGCAAGAAAGACUGUCCACGUUUUCAUAAGUAGGAACACUUGUCUCCCUCUCUUGCAAAAACAGCCAUGCUCAUCAUUGCUUGUAAAACUCAGCAUGGAACUGAUUAAACUAAGUCCUUUCUAGUGCCAAUUUGAUACCUAUAAAGAUAGAGAAUAGUGAAACAAUAAGGGUCAUCUUUUGCAAAAGUUAUGGCAAAGAGCAAAGAUGAUAUUACUUAUGGGAUAGCUCAAGCAAGACUAUCUGAAGAUGAUGCUCUUAGAAUAAGGUACAAAGCAGGAACUCCUCUUGAAGGAGGAAAAAUUGCUGACUCUCAACCUGUUGAUCUAUUCUCAAGUGCUCGUAAUAUUGAGAAUCAACAAGGCAAGAUUGCUGAUUCUCAACCUGUUGAACUCUCCUCAAGUGCACAAAAAAUUGCAGCAGCAAAACAAAAACAACCCCAACAAGAAGAAAAACCUACAGAUUCUUCUGAUUUGGAGGGAAUGAAUACUUAUGUUUAUGAUGAUGAGAAUAUGGAUAAAAAUUUGCCUCCAGCAGCUGCAACACUUAUGUUUGAUAGCAACAAGGCAGAUAAUUGGACAACAAACCCUCCUUGAGUUAAAACUAGACCUCAUCAUCAGCUUUUUAAGUUUUAUUUUUUCUGCACAUGUUUGUGAAGUAUCUUUGGU